AUGGAGAAGAAUAUCGAGAGCGGCAACGUUGAUGAGGGGAUACUUGGCGAUGUCAGAAACGCCGACGGGUCGUCGCUGCGCAGCGGCGAGGAUAUUCUUGCUCUGCAAGAUCUCGACCCGGCCCUGAAUAUGAAGAUGCAUCUUGUGAAUAACGCAAUUGAUGAGAUUGGGUGGACUGGCUACCACUGGAAGCUGUUCUUCCUCAAUGGAUUCGGUUACGCCGUGGAUUCCAUGAUCCUCCUCUUCCAAUCCAUUGUUGCCACCCAGGCCUACCGUGAAUUUGGCCAAAAGGGCUAUUCCAAUGCUCUUACCAUUGCUGUGUACGUCGGUAUGCUGACAGGUGCCCUUUUCUGGGGUUUCAGCGCCGAUGUCAUCGGUCGCAAGUGGGCUUUUAACAUCACCCUCUUCAUCUGCUCCGGAAGCUGCAUCAUCGCUGGUGCUAUGCCCAGCUGGCCCACGCUCUCGCUCUUUAUUGCUCUCCUCGGUUUUGGUGGAGGUGGCAAUCUCAUUUUGGAUACAACCGUCUUCCUUGAAUACUUGCCAGGCAACAAGCAGUGGCUGCUCACUUUCCUCGCCGCUUGGUGGGGUUUUGGACAAGCCAUCACCGGUUUUAUUGCUUGGGGAUUCAUGGUGCCUGGGAAGUGGAACUGCGCAGACGUUGAGACCUGCACCAAGGCGAACAACUGGGGCUGGCGUUAUGUGCUCUUCACCGGUGGCGCUAUCGUCUUUGUCAUGUCGAUUCUUCGAAUCACAGUCGUCAGGCUGCGCGAGACGCCCAAGUAUCUCCUUGGCCUCGGCGACGAUGCCCAGGUGGUAGAGACUUUCCAGUUCUUGGCUACAAAGUACAACCGCCCAUGCUCUUUGACUCUUGAGAAGCUCCAGGCUUGUGGAGAGGUUCGAACGGCGCAUAGCAAGAACCGAUUUUCCUUUUCUGAGACUCGAAUUCACUUUGCCGGGCUCUUUAGCAACAAGAAGAUGGCCAUUUCCACUAUCUUGGUCUGGUUCAGCUGGAGUUUGAUUGGUCUCUGUUACCCGUUGUUCUAUGUCUUCCUUCCUACAUAUCUUGCAAACCACGGCGCAACCUUUCACCGUACCGUCUUCGAAACCUGGCGUAACUACUGCCUCACCAAUAUCUGCGGUAUUCCCGGCCCCAUUAUCGCAGGUUACAUGUGCAACACGAAGCUGCUUGGCCGCAAAUACACCAUGGCUAUUGGUGCCCUGAUCACCAUGGCCUUCUUCUUUGCUUACACUGCUGUCAAGACCGCUGUCCAAGAUACAACCUUUACCUGUUUAAUCGCAUGCUUCCUGAAUAUUUACUACGCCACGCUGUAUGCUUACACUCCUGAGGUUUUGCCUAGUGCUCAUCGUGGCACUGGUAACGGAGUUGCUGUUGCAUUCAACCGUAUAAUGGGCAUUGUAUCAGCAAUUGUGGCAACUUUUGCAAACACUCAAACAUCGGCACCCUUGUAUAUUUGCGCAGCUCUCUUCAUCAUGGCUGCUGGAGUCGCGGUUGUAUUCCCAUACGAGCCUUAUGGGCGUCGGAGCUCAUGA